UAUACGGAAAACUACUACGCCAAGCUAUUUCACAGGCUACACAUGUUACACAUCAACCAUAUAAAACCUUUCCGUCACUUGCAGCAGCACCACACUGUGUACAACUCUUGACAAUGGAGAAGGAUCCGAUAAUACUGCUGCUUCUCCUGCUGAUUUGUCACUCGUGCUGCAUCCAGGAUCCGUGUGAAAGCUUCACAGAACUUGACAACAUCGAGUCUCGAAAACCCACAACGACAGAAAAUUCACUCACCAUUGAUGACAGCCAACUGCCCCUGGGGUGGUAUGCAGCCCCAAAUAAAUGGAAGCUCAGCCGGGACCCUGGAAGAGGAUAUGUUUGUGGAAAUAACGCCCCGCUAUACAGAACGUCUAAAACUGGAGACUCGUCUGCAGUGUGUCUCAGAUUUUUAAAUCUCGUUUGUAUCAACAUCGAGACGAGGAUGUGUGGGAGUAGAGAAAUAUAUCAUCUCCCCAGGAGUAUAAGUGGGGCAGCAUAUUGCUUUGAGGAAUACGUCUGUGAUGAACAGAAACCUUGUGCUAAUGGAGGCACAUGCACGGAGAUAUGGAACGGCUACAGCUGCGCCUGUCUGCCUGGUUUUUCGGGCGUGCACUGUACAGUCUCCAGUGCCCGGAAGCUAGACAUCCUGAUUGUAGAAGAUGUGUCGAGCUCCAUCGGCAAACCCAACUUUGACGAAAUGAAACGAUUCCAAGAGAGUAUGGUAAACUCUACCACCAUAGGCCGUGAUGCUGUUAACGUUGCAUUGAUAGCGUUUUCUUCAAACGCUAGGGUGGUAUUCAGAUUCACUGAAUAUAGCAACAACAAGUCGGGGGUUCUGGCAGCUCUCCAGCAGCAAACAUACGAAGAGGGUCCCUCUACGAACAUUGGAGAUGCCAUCAAGCUGGCUACAAGUACAAUUAUAAAUGGCGACCGCAAUGACGCUGACAACAAGGUCAUCAUGUUUACCGAUGGGUACACCACAAUGGAAGACCGGGGGGCCAUUGCUGCCAGUAUUGGUUCUCUGAAAGCCAAAGCUGAGGUAUUUGUCGUUGCUAUCUCGGAAGUAGAUGCCAAUUCUACAAUCCACCUAAUUGCUUCGGGACCGUCCAACAUCAUCCAGAUUGGCUCCCCUGAUGCAGUCAGUGCUGUCCUGCAGAAGAUGAUGGCUCCAUAAGGGGAGAUGAAAUAGCUGCACUAAAUGUUAUUUCAUAACCAAUAAAUGAUCUGCAUAU